AUGGACAGUGAAGUCCCACCACUAAUGAAAAAAUACACGUCCGAAAUUCGUGAGCUCGAUGAAAAGAAAUUGUUUGCCGACGCUGAAACGAUGGCGGAUAAGAAGGUGUCGCUUUCGGAAGAAUUGUAUAACAAAAUCGAUGAUAAUAUAAAGAAGCUUGACGCGCAGUCAAGACUCGAACAAGAAGCUCGCGAGCGCAACACGAAACAAGUCGAGCAAGCAUUGGCGAAUGCACCAUCGCCAAUUAAGAAAUUUUCGUCGGCAAGAAGAGAUAAGCGCAAAUCGGCUGCCGCCACUCAAAGCAAAGCAGCAAGAUUAGCUCAAAAUGAAGCCGCCAUGAAUGACUUCCAACCGGGGGCCCCAUUGGUGAACGAUAUGGAAAUGCCAAUCGAUCCCAACGAGCCAUUAUACUGCACAUGUCAUUCGGUCUCAUUUGGUGAAAUGAUCGCUUGUGAUAACGACGAUUGCCCAACGGAAUGGUUCCAUUUCGCGUGUGUUGGCCUCACCAAAGUGCCGGAAGAAGGCACCUGGUAUUGUCCAUCGUGCAGACCUCAGGUGAUAAAGAAGAAGAAAUAA